ACAGAAGAUUAGACGAUUUUGCAAAAAUGCUGCGUUAAAGGUGUAUUUAAAAACAUAUACAAGUGAAUUAGCGGUCCACGAUGAGGACUCGUAGUAAUUCCGGAGUUCGUCUAGACUAUUACCAAAGGGUAGUGCAUAAGUUGAUUUUAGAUCAUCAACAACCUGUUACUGGAUUGUUCCCCGCGAGCCCAGACAAUGAUCAUGCAUGGAUCAGGGACAACUUGUACUGUAUAUUGGCAGUAUGGGGCCUGUCCAUGGCCUUCAAAAAGAUUGCAGAUCAAGAUGAAGACCGUGCCAAAACAUAUGAGUUGGAACAAAGCUGUGUUAAAUUAAUGAGAGGUCUAUUAAUGGCCAUGAUGCAACAAAAAGACAAAGUUGAGAAAUUCAAAAGUACUCAACACCCCCUGGACUCUUUGCAUGCCAAGUAUUCGUCCACCACUGGCCGCACCGUGGUCAAAGACAAUGAGUGGGGCCACCUGCAGGUUGAUGCCAUCUCCCUCUAUUUGCUCAUCCUUGCCCAAAUGACAGCAUCAGGCUUGCAAAUUGUGUUUUCACUGGACGAGGUUGCUUUUAUUCAAAACCUAGUGUUUUAUAUUGAGUCAGCUUAUUGCACUCCUGAUUACGGUAUCUGGGAGAGAGGUGACAAAACAAACCAUGGGUUGCCAGAGUUGAAUGCCAGUUCUAUUGGCAUGGCAAAAGCUGCUCUUGAGGCUAUGAAUGAGCUGGACCUGUUUGGAGCCCGAGGUGGCCCCUCUAGUGUCAUUCAUGUAUUAGCUGAUGAAGCCCAGAAAUGCCAAGCAGUGUUACAGUCCAUGUUGCCCAGAGAAUCAAAUAGUAAAGAGUUGGAUUCUGGCUUGCUUUCAAUUAUAAGCUAUCCAGCAUUUGCUGUUGAUGACCCACAGUUAAUAACCAAAACUAGAGAUACCAUAGUCAAUAAACUACAAGGAAAGUAUGGCUGUAAAAGAUUUCUUAGAGAUGGUCACAAGACACCGAGAGAAGAUCCAAAUAGGUUGUAUUACGAGCCUUGGGAGUUAAGAAUGUUUGAGAAUAUAGAAUGUGAAUGGCCUCUAUUCUUCUGCUACUUAAUUUUGGAUUAUUGCUUCCAAGGAGAUAAAAACAAUAUAUCAGGGUAUAUGCAGAAGUUAGAAAAUUUAAUGAUAAGGAAAGAGGAUGAUGGAAUAAAGUUGGUGCCAGAACUUUACGCUGUGCCACCAGAGAAGGCUGAUCUGGAACAGUGUCAACCCGGAAGCCAGGAGCGUAUACCUCUGGGCCGUUGUCCUUUUAUUUGGGCCCAGUCUUUGUAUAUUUUAGGGAAGCUCUUACAAGAGGGUUUCCUAGCAGUUGGUGAGUUAGACCCAUUAAACAGAAGGUUGUGCUCAGAGAAGAAGCCGGAUGUAGUGGUCCAGAUCGUCAUCUUAGCCGAGGACAACGAGAUACGGGACAAGUUGAUAGAAUAUGAUCUGCACGUACAAACAAUAGCCGAGGUGGCGCCUAUAGAAGUGCAACCAGCUAGAGUGCUCAGCCAUCUUUACACAUAUUUAGGUAGAAACAAAAAGCUUGGACUUUCUGGAAGGAAAUCUCGAGAUGUUGGUAUACUCAGCACAAGCAAACUGUACUCGUUGAAUGAUAGGAUAUUCGCCUUUACACCACAGUUUUCUGACAUGAAGCGUUUCUACAUUGCUUCCGAUUAUGAGCUGAUGGUUGACACCCUCAAAGCAGAAAUUAAUUUCCUGAAGUCAUCUUGGCAAAACCUUCUUGGCCGUCCACUUGUUGUCUUGACUUUAAAUCAAACAUAUUUAGACCAGGGUAAAAUCCCUAUGGCCAUGAUUACAACAAUGAAGAAAUUGAAGUCCGGAUACAUUAAUGGUACCCGCGUGACUUUAGGAAAUCUGGGAGACUUUUUAAGCACAUCUGCCAUAACCAAUUUGAGUUUCUUGGGAAGUCAAGAAGACGGUUAUCCAGAUAAACUCAACCCGCAAGUGCAGAGCUACCUGGAAGAGCACCUGUUGAGGUCGUUCAGCAACAAGCUGAGCUUCCUGUCGCGGCCGGCGGGCGCGCCUAACGCGCGCAUGCUCAAGCGGCGCAUGUCCGUGCGCGGCGCCAUCAAGAAGACGCGCUCCAUCAAUGUGGACUCGGAGACACUUGGCAUGGAAGGCGAGUACGUGGGUCCGCAACUCGAGAGAAAGCCAUCUUGGCUCGAGGUAGACACGAACUACGGCCGCAGCCCGUCUCCUGACGAAGCCAGGAGGAAAUCUAUCACCAAGGGCACUUCUACAACCGGUUUAGGCGUCGGCUCGAUUACACCCACGGACGUCGUCAAAGAGAAAUUACCCACUCCGCCCAAAGAACAAGUGCCUAUAAACAAGAACAUCCCUGUCAUCGUCCGCAACCGCACCGCGUCGGAGUCCCAAGGAGUGUCGUACGCGGAGCAGGAAACCGACGAGCUGGUGACGAUGCUGCGCGAGACCGAGAGCUUGGACGAGCAGGGCGACAUCCUGCAGUACUUGGUCGACACGCACGGUCUUGAGUUCAAUACCGGCAUGACAGAGAACGGAAAAGCUGUGACAGUGAAAGACCUCCUCAAAGCUCUAUACGAGAAGGCGUGCACGCAGAAGCUGUGGGGUCUGGUGCGUCACACGGCCGGCAUGCUGGGCAAGCGCGUGGAGGACCUCGCCAAGGCCGUCACGGACCUGCUGGUGCGCCAGAAGCAGAUCACGGUGGGCAUGCCGCCCAACAACGAGCACACCAUCACGGCCCCGCUGCCAGAGAACGAGCUGAGGCAGUUGAUACAUUUGGCAUAUGGCGACGACGAGAGUACGGCGAUGCUGACACAAGAGCUCCUCGUGUACUUGGCCAUGUUCAUAAGGACAGAGCCGCAGCUCUUCCUGGAGAUGCUGAGACUGCGCGUCGGACUCAUUAUUCAGGUAAUGGCCACGGAACUGUCCAGAACGCUGUCUUGCGACGGCGAGGAGGCAUCGGAGCACCUUCUUAACUUGUCUCCGUUCGAAAUGAAGAACUUACUGUAUCACAUCCUCAGCGGAAAGGAAUUUGCCAUCAACAGUGCGAAUUCUCUGUGUGUAAUAAAGGAGAAAUUCGCCAAGAUGGGCCGCGGAAACUUCUCGAUCGUGAGCAACAAAUCGCACCGCUACGGCAAGAAAUCGCAAAUUAUCUUGGAGUCUGGCCAGUCGCUCCAGGGCAACAUUGAGGACAUCCCGCCGAUCGUGGAGCCGGACCGGCAGGGGCAGUGGCUGCGCCGCCGCCGACUGGACGGCGCGCUCAACCGUGUGCCGCGGGACUUCUACCCGCGCGUGUGGGGCGUGCUGGAAAAGUGCCAAGGUCUAGUCAUCCAAGGCAAAGUGCUGCAACCGAAUUUGACCCAAGAGAUGACGUCCGGAGAGUUGAAAUUCGCGCUCGCCGUCGAGACGGUGCUGAACUCCAUACCCCAGCCCGAGUACCGGCAGCUCGUGGUAGAAGCGCUCAUGGUGUUGACCCUCGUGGUGGAGUAUAAGGCCGUGAGCCACCUGGGCGGGACUAUUACGGUGGAGCAUCUGGUGCACAAGGCUAAUCAGAUAUUUUUGGAAGAUCAGAUGCGAUGCAACGGCGACGCGACGCUGUGCUGCGCAAAGGCGGACGGGGGUGGGGGUGGAGGGACACUGCUGUGCGGCGGCGCGGCGGGGGUGUGCCAGCACCUGUACGACUCGGCGCCCAGCGGCUCGUACGGCACCAUGAGCUACCUGGCGCGCGCCGUGGCCGCGCUGCUGGCCGAGCGCCUGCCGCCCGGCGCGCCCCUGGAGUGCGCCAUCACGUAGGCCGCGCCACACGGCCGA